UCGACACUGGCUCUCACCCCCUAGCCUGCCCCAUCCAGUGCUCCCGACACCCUGUACAGGCCCCACAACGCCAUCAUGUCCGCCGGCAAGAAAGCUCAAACGCAGCCCCCAGAAGACGACUACGUCCUCCUUGAAUCAGCCGACGGCUAUACUUUUGUCGUCUCUCGAAAGAUUGCUUGCGCAAGUGGCAUGCUCAAAAGUAUGCUUGACGAAGAUGCCGCAUUUGAAGAGUCGAAGAACAAGACGUGCAGAAUUCAGCAGAGGGGUGUGAUUCUUGCCAAAGUCAUAGAAUACCUUGCAUACAAGGUACAAUGGUCGGAAUGUCUUGCCGAGGAGGUCAAUGAAGACUUUUCAGACCGCAUCGACCCUUAUAUUGCUCUAGAACUGCUUACAGCUGCUGAUUUCCUUGACUGUUAAUGCCCAAGUUUUAUGUCAUUCAUGCCCCCUUGGGUUUUCGGUUCUUAGUCUGUAUUAUUGUUGUCAACCAUGCAAUUGCAUCCUCAUCGCUUUCCAUCCCUGGGCAAAUGUAACAACCAAUUUACGCUGCUAGCCAGCUGAAUUACAAUUUCCCCCCGCCCCUUUUAUCUUCACCUCGCCAUUUGGCCAUACUCUCUUUCACUCCCUUUCCUUUCUCGAGGUCUUUCCUCACAUUUUCGUCGACAUCCCUUCCUUCUUUUCCCUUUUCUACAACUUUUUCGACCAAGGCCGGGGGCACGGCGACGCAUCCGUCUUCAUCACAAACAAUAAUGUCCCCAGGCUUUACAGUGAUCUUAUACUCGAAUGAGGGCGGGUAGAGGGAUACAAUGGCCGGAGAAGAAUAGUACUGCGGUGACAUGUCGACUGGAACAGAGAGGAGCGAAGGGCGAACAAAAGAUUUCUGGCCUAAUGUUGUGUGAUAGUUUGCAUACACCUGUCGAUGCUUAAACUGUGUGCGUAUUGGAAAAGGUUUAUGUCUUGACUUACAGGGAAUCCCAGCUCCCUAUGUUCUGCCAAAUCUCGACACCCUCCCUUGAUGAUUACUCCCUUGAUGCCUUUUGCUUUAGCAGCUGUGGACAUAAGGCCGCCCCAACACCCUGCAUUCCGGACUAUGAUUACCGUUUGUCAGCGGAUUGAUAAAGCAGCUCUGGUAGA